CAACACCACAACUCAACAGUUCUUAUCAUGCCCCAUCUACGAGAGAUUCAUGGUUCACUCGAUUUGGAAGCCGCCGUCCGGCAUCUGCUCGGCCUUUCUUGACUCGAUACGGACAGCCACGACAGCAUCUGACGGGCGGGUGGCUGCUGCAGAUGGAACACAUGCUGUGGCUGCUUCUCAGAUGGGCAAUUCUCCCCCAAGUCAAACGUUGAGCAAGAUCCGCGAUCUGGUCUGUUUCUUUGCCUGGACACUGACAUGAACAUGCGACGAGACAUCUACUGCCGGUGCCACAACAUCCCAGCCCGCUUGUUCGGAAGGGAAGCCGAUGGGAAGCACAGAACAAAAACCCGAUUGUCCGCUGUCGGAGCAAGGCCCGACAUGAUCCGCUUGAUCUGCUCGGUCCGCUGGGACAUGAAAGCGCUCGCCGGCCGGCUUCUCGGGUGGACACAUGAAUUGUCCGUUGCCGUUUCAUGUCUUCCGAAUUGCAUGUGAUGAAGCCAUAUGGAGCGAGCUACAUCACUGCACCUGUCACCCCUUUCCCAGAGUCAUCGACUUGCUGCGGUCGAUCAUCACGGCCUUCCCGCCACGAGCGCUUUCGUACUCCCCCAGAAGUUGAGCUAUCACCGGGUGACUGCUGCUGCCUUCCAUGGACUGCCGGUGGUGUCGACGGAAUAUUCCGGUGUCGUAUGAAUGGGGAUCACAAACUCCAUCACCAACUCCCAAAACGAACCAGCUUUCUGCGUCUCCUGCUUCUUUGGGAAUGUGUGUCAUGGAAGCCAGCCGCAGAGCACUGCCUAACGAUGAAACUGGCGUCGUCCAACCAUUUUCGUGGCAGAGAUGCUGAUCCCAGCAGCCGUGGUUCCUAGCUUCAGGAGAGCCCAAGGUUGAUCACCUCUCACGCUUCACAUAGCUCGGACUCUUGGAGGGUGUUAUAAAUCGCUUUUCUUGGCCAACUCGUAGCUGCUUAAAAGUUCCCAGUUCUCCUUUCCAUCAACCAGGCGCAGCGGUUACGUGGCAAACCUCCGGCUUGGAAUUGCUGGUGAUACAAGCACAAACGUUGCCCGCACACACCGGAUACGAUACUCCUUUCGGCGGGUAGUAGCACAGAAGAAACGAGCCUGCCCGUGGCCGUUGAUCCGCUCAGUUGACGGAAGCGGUGUGUUCUGCUCUUGUGAUGAAUGAUUAGCAUGGUCCUGGUUGUGACAGUUCUUGUACCAUCCUCCGCUCCCACAUGCGCGCGAGACGGCGACGGCACGGGAUGGGUUUCUGGCAAAGGGGUAAUAUAUAUAUAGGGGGAUUGCUUCCUGAAGGGAUGCUCGAGUGUCUGAUAGCCAUCUUAUCAUAUUCUGUGCGCGGUUGACAUUCAUUCCAUUCUUCCGAAGCUUUGACAAAUUCUCUCGACCGGGCUCAAAUGCAUUAGAGAGCCAGACUUUUCAACCACGUCCUCAGUAAUAGCAACAUUACCAACAUAUACUCUCAUCCACCGCAGCAGAAUUGGAACCUCUCUCUCUCUUUUACAAAUCCUGCUCUCCAAGCUCCAGACGCUCAAUAAACACAAUGUCUUCGUACGCAUCUCACCAACCACAAGCUCCCACUCCUCAAGGAGGCGAGGACUCGUCGACCAGCUCGGGGGGAGGUGUCACUCCUAUUGAUCCCCAGUUUGGGAAGAAGAAGCCCUAAAAACCAUCGUGCUCAACCUGUUAACAUGGCAACCUAUACCUUUUUCUUUUUUUCUUUCAUUAUGGGACCACACUGGGGGCAUAAGGGGAGAUUUGGGAAACAGAGAGAUACCCCUAUACACUAUCCUACACUCGCUUUGUUUUGUUUGUUUGUUUUUUAAUCUCUAAUUAUUAAUGCACUCGCUCUCUCUCAGGGGUUGUUGGAGUUGGGGGAUGAGGGAAGUUGAUGGUGGGUGUUUCAUGGCCAAAUGCUUGGUUAGAUUUAAUUCGAGUAGUGUUGGAGGGAGAGAGGUUGGAGAUGGUACAAAAAAAGUUGCAAGGUGCAGGGAAUGCUGAUGAUAGGAAUAAUUGCAGAGCAGGCGCGUUCGAGGGUUUAGGAAUAAGAGAUACUGCCUACCUAACUCAAGAUUCUCAUGCCAAAAACGGUUUCUUGACAGUUCGUAUGC